AGAAGCAGAUGGCCAAGUCCCUGGAUUACCUGGACCUGGGGAUGAAGACUCUUCCUUAUGGUAUGGGGGGCAUGGGAGAUGAAGGAGGGGUCAGACCCAUUGGGGGAGUGAAGCCACCCUACCAGACCUCUGGGAUAUUCUCCACCAUGGACAACACUCCACUGAAGUCUAAAGCCUCCAGCUACAGCUUUCUCAACCCCUAUGACUGGGCCAGAAACCAGUCACUUCUUCUUGACCAGACAGGGUAUCGCUCCAAGCGCAAACCUUUACUGAAGACAGCCCUGAAAACCAAGAAGAUCUUUGGGUGGGGGGACUUCUACUUAAACAUCAAGACAAUGAAAUUCAGUCUCCUGGUGACAGGAAAGAUAGUAGACCACGUGAAUGGCACCUUCACUGUCUACUUCCGCCACAACUCCUCCAGCCUGGGCAAUGUGUCUGUCAGUAUUGUGCCGCCUUCCAAGGUUGUGGAGUUUGAGAUGCUCCAGCAGCAACAGCAUCUUCACCCUGACCUCCAGCUCCAGCAACAGCAGCAGUCAACCAUUGACCCCAAAGAGAUAAAGACCUUCAACUGCCGGGUAGAGUACCAAAAGACCAACCGUAAACGAAAAACCAAGCCUUGCUUAUACAACCCAUCCCAGGUGUGCUUCUCUGAGCACACAGAAUCGCACGCUGCCUGGCUCUGCGCCAAACCCUUCAAGGUCAUCUGCAUAUUCAUCUCCUUUUUCAGCAUCGACUACAAGCUGGUACAAAAGGUAUGUCCGGACUACAACUUCCAGAAUGAACACCCCUACUUCGGAUGAAAGAGGCAGAAUGAGAGGUGGCACUAAGGAAGGCAGUUGUGAGGUCUUAUCGUUCCC